AUGGCACCAAAAUCCUUUAGCGAGUUACCGUCGUUUGAUGAGUUGAAAGACAAGAGGCGCUUCUGGGUCGGCGAACCGUCCAGCGCCGAGGAAGGUCUGGGGAUGCUUCGGUAUUUGACGCCCGAGCACGUCGCCGCGGCGGCACAGUCAGAGAUCCGGACGGGCGAACGGGUCUGCUUGAAUUGGGAGAUGACAAAGUUGGAGACGCCAGGAUUCGGUCGCGAACCCGUCGUGCACGAGAUCAAAACGAUCCCCAACUACGAAGGCAUCGCGUGGGAUGACGUGUGGCACUUCAACCCGCAGGCAGGGUCCCAAUGGGACGGAUUUCGACACUUCAGCACCGCGACCGAGGACGGAAAGGGUCGCGUCUUCUACGGAGGGACGCAAUCCGAGGAGAUCAACGACCCCGGCAGCGCGAGGAUCGGGAUCGGGUUCUGGGCGCAGGACGGCAUCGCGAGUCGAGGGUUUCUGAUCGACUACGUCUCGUACGCGGAGCAGAAGGGCAUCAGUGUCAACGGCAUCGGCGGCCAGAAGAUCACCCUGGACGACGUCUACGAGAUCGCGCGGCAGUGCAAGAUCGAGUUCCGCCCGGGCGACAUCUUCUUCCUGCGCUGCGGCUUCACCAAGACGUGGGACGCGCUGUCCAUGGACCAGAAGCGACAGUACCGCGCCGACACGGCCGCGAAGCAGCACAAGCACUCGGGCCUGGAGCAGGGGGAGAGGGUCGCCCGCUUCCUCUGGGACAAUCACAUCGUGGCCGUCGCGGGCGAUGGCGUCAGCUUCGAGGUCCGACCCAACCACGACCCCCAAUGGGAUUUACACCAUAUCCUGCUCGCGGGGUGGGGUGUCCCCAUUGGAGAGAUGUUCGAUUUGGAGCGUCUGGCUGAGACGUGCAAGCGGCUGGGCAGAUGGACUUUUUUUGUCACGAGCAGCCCCCUGAACCAUCCGAGAGCGGUAUCGUCGCCACCGAACUGUAUGGCCAUCUUUUGA